AUGCAGCUUGGGACAUACCAUUUCAACCAAGAUCAAGCAAGGGCAGAGCUUGCAAAUAUGAUUAUAUUGCAUGAGUACUCGUUAUCUAUGGUUGAUCAUGUUGACUUUAGAAGAUACUCUUAUGCAUUGCAACCAAUAUUUAAAGUUGUUUCCCGAAACACAAUCAAGACAAACAUCAUGAAGAUAUUUGAGUAUGAAAGAAAUAAAACAAUGAAAUUAUUAGACUUAAAUGCUAGUCGGAUUGCGUUGACAACUGAUAUGUGGACGGCAAGUAAUAAAAAAAGAGGAUUCAUGGCAAUCACUUCACACUUCAUCGAUGUUUCAUGGAAAUUACAAAGGCGACUUGUCAGGUUUAUAUAUGUGUCGUGUCCACAUACUGCUGAGGUCCUCACAAAUGCACUUGUUGAUUGCCUCUUGGAUUGGAACUUGGAUCGUAAGUUAUCUACUUUAACCGUUGAUAAUUGCACAACUAAUGAUGCUAUGAUUGAGCUUUUUCUGGAUAAGCUUCCUCCGAAUUCACUUAUCUUAGAAGGAAAAUUAUUUCACAUGCGGUGUUUUGCCCAUAUUUUAAAUUUGGUUGUGAGGGAUGGACUAGAAUUAAUCAGUGAUAGCAUUGAAAUAAUUCGUUAUAGUAUUGCAUUUUGGACAGCAACACCAAAAAGAGAUGAAAAAUUUAUUGAAACAGCUCGACAAUUAAAGGUUCCAAGCACAAAGAAACUAGAACUUGAUUGCAAAACACGAUGGAACUCUACAUAUUUAAUGCUUAACACUGCAUUGGAAUAUGAAGUUGUGUUUGCUCGCUUGAAACAACGUGAGACUUUAUAUAAAAGAGUUCCCACACAAGAAGAUUGGUCAAAAGUGAGAGAUAUUUCUUCCAAAUUGGAGAUAUUUUUUGAUGCCACAGAGUUGUUUUCGGGGACCAUGUAUCCCACUAUAAAUAUUUUCUUCUCAACUAUUUGCGAUAUUAAGUUGGCAAUUGGUGAUUGGCUUCUCUCGGAUGAUAAUUUGGUGAAAACAAUGGCAACAAAUAUAAAAGUAAAAUUUGAAAAAUAUUGGGACAUAAUGAAUUGUUUAUUGACAAUUGGGAGUAUUUUAGAUCCGAGGUACAAGAUGAAGAUAGUUCAAUUCUAUUAUCCUCUUGUUUAUGGUGAUAUGUCUUCGUAUGAGAUUGAAAAACUAAAGAAAAAGUUGUGUGACAUGGUUGAAGAGUAUGAGAAGAAAUCCAAACAAUCGCAGAAAGUGAAAAAUUCACAAUCUUCUUCUUUAAGGCCUCCACUUCCUAAGCGUGGUAGUUAUGCUGAUAAAUUUAAGAUGUUCAUGGAUUCUAAUACUAGUACUGAACAUAAGUCAGACUUGGAUUAUUAUUUAGAAGAGUCUCUUUUGCCAAGAACAAGUGAGUUUGAUAUCUUAUGUUGGUGGAAGACAAAUGGGAUCAAAUAUCCCAUUUUGCAUGAUAUUGCUAAGGAGGUGUUGGCCAUUCCUGUGACAACCGUAGCUUCCGAAUCAACAUUCAGUACUAGUGGGAGAGUUUUAAAUGUUCACCGUAGUAAACUUCAUUCUAAAAUUGUUGAGGCUUUGAUGUGUGCUCGAGAUUGGUUAUGGAGUGAAAUUCAAGGAAUUUUUGGAUUUUUGAUUCGUGAACUAUAUAGUAAUGCUGGUGUUGCAAAAAGCAACUCUGAUACCAAGCUGAGGCCUUUAGAGAACGAGAAGGCAAGGAAUGAGUUAGAGAAUGGAGAGAGCAGUGGCAGUGCAAAUGUUUUGGUGAUCCCUAAGGCUUGGCAAUGCUAUGUAUUUUGCACCUGA